UUUAAACCAAAACAAAACAAAAAAGAAUACAAUAUAUAAAACCAUAAAAAACAUAAAACAAUGGCAAGAGUUCAGUUAUUAUUAUUAUGUUUCACCUUUCUCUUUGCAUCAGUGACCUUUAUGGAACAUGUUUCAAGUGCCACCACCGCCACCACCACCUCUAGCACAACAGUGGCAGAACUGGAGGCUGAGACAUCCAAAGAAGUCAUGGAGUUCAUAAUGAAGCUGGAGAAGAAGUGUCCUCCAAAGGAGGAAUACAAGUCUUUCUUCGAGAAACUAAAGGCUACAAUGGUAGCCUCCGCAAAGGUUACUCAAGAAAAGAAGAAAGGUUUCUUCUCUACAGCUGCGGGCAAAAUAUCUGAUGCAGUGUCUUUCAUUGGUUCAAAGUUUACUGGCAAGUCACCAGAGGUGAAGAAAUCGAUGGAGACCUACCAACAAGAGGUGGCCAAGUCACUGCAAGAGUUAGAAGCCAUCCACAAGAAAAUCAUUGAAGCAAACCAAGGGAAGGUAGAGGGGUCAGUGGCGGUGACAGCAGAACAAAAAACUGAGAUUAAACAAACGAUCACCAGAUGGGAGACAGUGACGACUCAAUUCGUGGAGACUGCUAUCCAGACCGAGGCGGCUUCAAAUACUACAGUUGGUGUAGACAAAGUCAAGCUACCUUGAUCUCUCUCAGAGGCUUAUCUACUACGUUCAUUUGCCACUAUACAUAUAUAUAUUAUUAUUCAAAGGCUAGCUAAUAAUUUAGAGAUUUUUGUGUUGGUUGUAAUAAAACCAAGAUUGGUAUAGGCCAAUCAAUAGAUCUAUGGAUCGAUCUAGAUCUAUUAAGUAAAAGAUAGACUGUAACCGCUCUGUAUAAGUGAGUGAUUCCUAAGCAAAAAUAAUUUUAAAAUAA